CCUCACUCCCGGCUGAUCGUAUCGGUUACCCGAUGACGACGAUCGAUCGCGCCGGCUGUCGCCAUGGCGGCCCGGGUGCUGAGGCCGCUGCCCAGGCCAAAACCAUUCAACAGACUGCAAAUAAUACUACAACAUUUGAAGAUUUCUAAGCAAACAGAUUCAACAGCUGAAGUCUUGUUGGAAAAGAAAGGAGGUGCAGGAAUAAUAACUUUGAAUAGACCCAAGGCUCUCAAUGCCCUAAAUCUUCCGAUGAUCCGACAAAUUUAUCCACAAAUAAAGACCUGGGAGAAAGAUCCCGAAACUUUUCUAAUAAUUAUAAAGGGAACUGGAGGAAAAGCUUUUUGUGCUGGGGGUGACAUCAGAGCCAUCACAGAUGCAGGAAAAGUUGGAAAUAAGCUGGCACAAGAUUUCUUCAAAGAAGAAUAUACCCUGAACAAUGCCAUUGGCACUUGCAAGAAGCCAUAUGUGGCACUUAUUGAUGGCAUUACAAUGGGAGGGGGAGUUGGCCUUUCAGUCCACGGACAUUUCCGAGUUGCUACAGAAAAGACAGUUUUUGCAAUGCCAGAAACAGCAAUAGGCCUUUUUCCUGAUGUAGGUGGAGGAUAUUUCUUGCCAAGACUAUCAGGAAAGGUUGGCUACUACCUUGCACUAACAGGAUUCCGGCUGAAAGGAAGAGAUGUACUGAAAGCUGGCAUUGCUACACAUUUUGUUGAAUCCGAGAAGCUACCUGCCUUAGAGAAAGACCUGAUAGCCCUGAAAUCUUCUUCAACAGAAAAUAUUGAAGACUUACUGAACUCUUACCACAUGAAGAGCAAAGCUGAUGAAGAAAAGGAUUUUGUACUUGAUGAGCAUAUGGAGAAGAUUAACAGUCUUUUUUCAGGAAACAGCAUGGAAGAAAUUGUUAAAAAUUUAAAGCAGGAUGGUUCUGCUUUUGCCAUUAAGCAGCUAGAGACUAUUAGUAAGAUGUCACCUACAUCCUUAAAGCUGACUCUCAGGCAGCUCAGAGAAGGCGCUUCCAUGAGCUUACAAGAUGUACUCACGAUGGAAUACAGACUGAGCCAAGCAUGCAUGAGAGGCCCUGACUUCUAUGAAGGGGUUCGAGCAGUGCUGAUUGACAGAGACCAGUCCCCCAGAUGGAAGCCAGCUGCUCUAGAAGAAGUCAGUGAUGAGUUUGUGGAUGAUUGUUUUAAGCCGUUGGGAAGCAAUGAUCUCAAGCUAUAAAGAUCAAGCCUAUUGACUUAACAUCUGCUUAAGUCUAUGAUAUAAAAAAAUAAUAGUAGUGUGAUAAAGUUUGGUAAGACUCAGCUAGCCUGAGAUUCGUAAGUAAUUUGUUGCAUUCAGGAACAUUCUCUUUUGUUAUGCUGCCAUAAUGGCAAAUAAUCUCUGGUUAAUAAAGGGAAAAGGCAAAUUGUUAUUUUUACUGCUUUAUGUAAUGAUUAACAUUUAAUUUUUUGCAUCAACUCUUAGUUUAGGAGGAAUCUUUGGGGACAGAGCAGACGUAAGGGAUGACCCUAACAAGCAAGAAGUUAGGAGACCUUUUGUGUUCUUGGCUCUGUCACGGAUCUGUUAAGUUUGGGUUGUGCCCCAGCUUAUUAUUUAUACAAUGAAAAUAAAAUACAUGUAAAGCUUUAAAACAGAGCUACAAAGGAAAAUGCAGGACAUGAGAAGUUCAUGGUAUUAAGUAGCCUUUUAAAUAGAGGGUCAGACUGACACGUUAUUAGUCUGAGAGAAAUUGUUCUAUUGAUUUAACAUUUGGUCAGUAUUCAGUUUUGCUGUGUGAUGUAGACAUUGUUUCAAAGGUCAGAGCCUAGAGCACACUUCUGUUUGUUAUAAGAAAGACCUUUAAAAAAAGAUAUUGAGUUGAACUGCACAAUUAGUUUUUCAUGAUUUAAAAAAUAGCUAGUUUUUCCUGGUCUUACAAGGGUGAAGAAAUAACUGUCUCAGACCUUCCUCUGAACACUAAGCAUUGAUGUUAGUGAUUGUUGAAUGAUUUUAGUGGUAGAGAUCAGCCCAGCCCUAACACUGCAAGUGCCUGGAGUUUUUACCACUAGUCUGGGUUCCCAUUUGCUUGUGCCCAUGGACAUCCAAUCUGCUGGGUGGAAAACCUGUGAAAAAUAAAGGGAAUGCAGCAAUAUGUACUGAAGAUCACGAACGGGAAAAUACGAAAUAUCUGCUGUACAUGGAUUGUAUAGAUCUUUUAAGACAACAUAUCCUAAUGAAUGUAUUUGUUGGGAUCAAAAUUUAAAUAUGCGUCAAAAA